AUGGGGCAUCGGGGCUUGCUUCUCCCCCUGCUCCUCGCCGCGCUGUGCUUCUCCGGCGCCGCCGCCGCCGCCGCCAAGCGCGGCAGCAAGAAGUCGUACGCCGCCAUCUUCAGCUUCGGCGACUCAUUGAUGUGCCAAUUUGCAGCGGAGCAUUUCGGGCUGCCCCUGCCGCCGGCGUCGCAGGCCCACGGCACGGACUUCAGCAAGGGCGCCAACUUCGCCAUCACCGGCGCCACCGCGCUGGACUACGCCUUCUUCAAGGCGCACGGCAUCGACCAGCGCAUCUGGAACACCGGCUCCAUCAUCACCCAGAUCGGCUGGCUCCAGAAGAUGAAGCCCUCGCUAUGCAAAUCGGAGAAAGAGUGCAGGGAUUUCUUCAGCAAGUCCCUGUUUGUGGUCGGAGAGUUUGGGGGCAAUGACUACAACGCCCCGUUGUUCUCCGGCGUCGCCUUCUCCGAUGUGAAGACCUACGUGCCCCUGGUCACCAAAGCCAUUGCCAACGGUGUCGAGAUAUUGAUCGAGCUUGGGGCAACAGACCUAUUGGUACCUGGAAUUCUCCCGAUUGGAUGCUUCCCUCUAUACCUCACACUGUACAACAGCAGCAAGAAAUCGGACUACAAUGCGCGCACUGGGUGCCUCCGGAGAUACAACCGUCUGGCCUUCCAUCACAACAGGGAUCUCAAGCAGCAGCUUGAUGCGCUCCAGAAGAAGUACCCAAAGACAAAAAUCAUGUACGGUGAUUACUUCAAAGCCGCAAUGCAGUUUGUCGUCAGCCCUAAAAAUUUUGGUUUCAGCACGGCUUUGCAAGCAUGCUGUGGCGCUUCAGGGGAAGGCAGCUACAACUUCAACAUGAAGAAGAAGUGCGGCGAGGCUGGCGCUAGCGUGUGCUCUAACCCAGCGUCGUACGUGAGCUGGGACGGCAUCCACAUGACCGAAGCAGCCUACCGCAUGGUCGCCAACGGUUGGCUGAACGGCCCCUACGCUUCUCCCCCAAUCAUGAAGUGAUAUAAUUGAGAUGGUUAACUAUAUGUAGCGUCCCCGGUGCUGCUAGGGGAAAAUGGAUACGACGAAUGCUUCAGGCACUGAAGAAAUUAAGCUAUUGGUUUACAUUGCUUAGUUUGAGGGAUUGUAUAAACUGUCCCGGUAUAGAUAUGUUUUCCCAACUGAAAGAUGUAGUACAGAUGUACCUUGUAUGACAUGUUCUCUGAUUCUUAUUCAUUUUCCAAGAGUUACA